AUGGCAUCUGGGAUCCCCCAGUGCCAGUGUGCAGUCAGGAUAAGCAUGAAUGCUAGGGAGUGGCGGGUCUAUGUAAGGGUGACCUGUGGAUCUCUGAAAGUCCAGAAUGGAAAAGCAACUGGUACCAAACCUGUCCACAACCCCAGAGACACCGUGACAGUGGAAUGUGAUGCUGGUUACGCCGUGAACGGCACUCACGAGUCUCAGUGCCAGGACGACGGCACGUGGGUCCCUCCAGUCCUACUCUGUGAAAGGGUGCUGCAGUGCCCCCUGCCACCAAAUAUCACUCACGCCGAGCACAGCAGCCGAGACGUGGAAACAUUCACCCCGGGGAUGUCUGUGAAUUACAGCUGUGAGCCAGGCUACUCCCUGGUGGGAGAGGGAUUAAUUAACUGCACAACAUCUGGAGCCUGGAGCCUCCCACUCCCUCGCUGUGAAGCUGUCACCUGCCUGAACCCAGAGAUCCUGAAUGGAAGAAACCUCGAUGGCUGGACCACCACCUACAGCCCUGGGGACAGCGUGAGGCUUAAAUGCAGUGCUGGCUACAGCCUGAAUGGUAGCCGUGAGAUUGUGUGUGGGGAGGAUGGGGCCUGGCAUCCCCCCGUCCCAGUCUGCAAUCAGGUGACCUGUGGAUCUCCAAAAGUCCAGAAUGGAAAAGCAACCGGUACCAAACCUGUCCACAACCCCAGAGACACCGUGACAGUGGAAUGUGAUGCAGGUUACGCCGUGAACGGCACUCUCGAGUCGCGGUGCCAGGAUGACGGCACGUGGGACCCUCCAGUCCUGGUCUGUGAAAGGGUGCGGCAGUGCCCCCUGCCACCAAAUAUCACCCAUGCCGAGCACAGCAGCCGAGACGUGGAAGCAUUCACCCCGGGGAUGUCUGUGAAUUACAGCUCUGUCACCUGCCCAAACCCAGAGAUCCUAAAUGGAAGAAACCUAGAUGAGUGGACCCCCACGUACAGCCCUGGGGACAGGGUGAGGUUUGAAUGUAGUGCUGGCUACAGCCUGAAUAGCAGCCAUGAGAUCCAGUGCAGGAAUGAUGGCAUCUGGGAUCCCCCAGUGCCAGUGUGCAGUCAGGUGACCUGUGGAUCUCCAAAAGUCCAGAAUGGAAAAGCAACUGGUACCAAACCUGUCCACAACCCCAGAGACACCGUGACAGUGGAAUGUGAUGCUGGUUACGCCGUGAACGGCACUCACGAGUCUCAGUGCCAGGACAACGGCACGUGGGACCCUCCAGUCCUAGUCUGUGAAAGGGUGCGGCAGUGCCCCCUGCCACCAAAUAUCACUCACGCCGAGCACAGCAGCCGAGACGUGGAAACAUUCACCCCGGGGAUGUCUGUGAAUUACAGCUGUGAGCCAGGCUACUCCCUGGUGGGAGAGGGAUCGAUUUACUGCACAACAUCUGGAGCCUGGAGCCUCCCGCUUCCUCUCUGUGAAGCUGUCACCUGCCCGAACCCAGAGAUCCUGAAUGGAAGAAACCUCGAUGGCUGGACCGCCACCUACAGCCCUGGGGACAGCGUGAGGCUUGAAUGCAGUGCUGGCUACAGCCUGAAUGGCAGCCGUGAGAUCGUGUGUGGGGAGGACGGGGCCUGGCAUCCCCCCGUCUCAGUCUGCAAUCAGGUUACCUGUGGAUCUCUGAAAGUCCAGAAUGGAAAAGCAACUGGUGCCAAACCUGUCCACAACCCCAGAGACACCGUGACAGUGGAAUGUGAUGCAGGUUACGCCGUGAACGGCACUCUCGAGUCUCGGUGCCAGGAUGACGGCACGUGGGACCCUCCAGUCCUGGUGUGUUUAAGGGCCAUCGCCAAUGGGAAGCACAGCGCCCAGGCCCUGGAAGCCUUCCCCAGUGGGAUGUCUGUCAACUACAGCUGUGAUCCUGGCUACUCCCUUGUUGGAGAGGCCUCCAUCCAUUGCACGGAGUCUGGGAAUUGGAGCCUGCCUUUUCCACUGUGUGCAGCCAUUGUGUGCAGAAAACCUGAAGUGCAGAAUGGACGAAUCCUUGAAUUAAAGCCCGUCUACAACCCCAGAGACACCGUGACAGUGGAAUGUGAUCCAGGUUACACUGUGAGCAGCACCCGUGGGUCUCGGUGCCAGGAUGACGGCACGUGGGAUCCUCAGGUUCUCACCUGUGAGAAGGCCAUCACAUGCACAAACCCAGAGAUCCAUGAUGGAAGGAAACUGGAUGAACGUGGCCCCAUGUAUAAACCCGGGGACCGGGUGCAGUUUGAAUGCAGUGCUGGCUACAGCCUGAAUGGCAGCCGUGAGAUCCAGUGUGGGGAGGAUGGUGCCUGGGACCCCGCCAUCCCAGUCUGCAGUCGGGUUGUCUGUGGAACCCCAAAUGUUCCCAGUGGAAGAAUCUCUGGAUUAAAGCCUGUCUACAACCCCAGAGACACAGUGACAGUAGAGUGUGAUCUGGGUUAUGCUGUGAAUGGCACCCGUGAGUCUCGGUGCCAGAACGAUGGGACGUGGGACCCUCCAGUCCCCAUCUGCAAAAGAGUGCCUCAGUGCCACCUGCCACCAAAUAUCACUCACGCCAAGCACAGCAGCCAGGAUGUGGAAAUCUUCCCCCCAGGAGUGUCUGUGAAUUACAGCUGUGAGCCGGGCUACUCCCUGGUGGGAGAGGGGUGGAUUUCCUGCACGGCAUCUGGAGCCUGGAGCCUCCCCCUCCCUCACUGCGAAGGGAAGUCAUGCAGUUAUCCAGAAGAACCAGAGAACGGCACUGCUGUCCUAACAGAUCUCCUGAUUGGGUCCACAGUGAACUACAGCUGCGAGGAAGGGUACAGACUGAUUGGGGAGGCUCAGAGGCGCUGCGAGAUUUCCGACAUGGAUGUUGCAUGGAGUGGCACAGCACCCAUUUGCGAGCUUUCAUUUGCAGCGGUCAUGUGCACAACCCCAGAGAUCCCGAAUGGAAGGGAAGUGGAUGGAUAUGGUGCUAGGUAUACAGCUGGGCACAGCGUGAGUUUUGAAUGCAAUGCUGACUAUAUCCUGAACGGCAGCCACGAGAUCCAGUGCCAGCAGGAUGGCAACUGGGAUCCUCCUAUCCCAGUCUGCAUUCAGGUUUCAGUGGCUGGCUGUGGAGCGCCGCGGGCUCAGAACGGAAAGCUAACUGGAUUAAAACCUGUAUAUGAUCCUGGAGACACUGUGACAGUGGAAUGUGAACCUGACUACGCUGUGAACGGCACCCGGCAGUCUCGGUGCCGAGGUGAUGGCACAUGGGACCCUCCCGUCAUUGUCUGUGAAAGGGUGCUGCGGUGUCCCCUGCCUCCAAGUAUCAGUAAUGGGAAGCUCAGCAGCCAGGCGUCAGCAGUCUUCACCCCUGGGAUGUCUGCAAGUUACAGCUGUGACCCUGGCUAUACCGUGACUGGAGAGGCAUCUAUUUCUUGUACAGAGUCUGGAACGUGGAGCCUGCCCAUCCCGCAGUGCAAAGGGAAGUCAUGCAGUUAUCCAGAAGAACCAGAGAACGGCACUGCUGUCCUAACAGAUCUCCUGAUUGGGUCCACAGUGAACUACAGCUGCGAGGAAGGGUACAGACUGAUUGGGGAGGCUCAGAGGCGCUGCGAGAUUUCCGACAUGGAUGUUGCAUGGAGUGGCACAGCACCCAUUUGCGAGCUUUCAUUUGCAGCGGUCAUGUGCACAACCCCAGAGAUCCCGAAUGGAAGGGAAGUGGAUGGAUAUGGUGCUAGGUAUACAGCUGGGCACAGCGUGAGUUUUGAAUGCAAUGCUGACUAUAUCCUGAACGGCAGCCACGAGAUCCAGUGCCAGCAGGAUGGCAACUGGGAUCCUCCUAUCCCAGUCUGCAUUCAGGUUUCAGUGGCUGGCUGUGGAGCGCCGCGGGCUCAGAACGGAAAGCUAACUGGAUUAAAACCUGUAUAUGAUCCUGGAGACACUGUGACAGUGGAAUGUGAACCUGACUACGCUGUGAACGGCACCCGGCAGUCUCGGUGCCGAGGUGAUGGCACAUGGGACCCUCCCGUCAUUGUCUGUGAAAGGGUGCUGCGGUGUCCCCUGCCUCCAAGUAUCAGUAAUGGGAAGCUCAGCAGCCAGGCGUCAGCAGUCUUCACCCCUGGGAUGUCUGCAAGUUACAGCUGUGACCCUGGCUAUACCGUGACUGGAGAGGCAUCUAUUUCUUGUACAGAGUCUGGAACGUGGAGCCUGCCCAUCCCGCAGUGCAAAGGGAAGUCAUGCAGUUAUCCAGAAGAACCAGAGAACGGCACUGCUGUCCUAACAGAUCUCCUGAUUGGGUCCACAGUGAACUACAGCUGCGAGGAAGGGUACAGACUGAUUGGGGAGGCUCAGAGGCGCUGCGAGAUUUCCGACAUGGAUGUUGCAUGGAGUGGCACAGCACCCAUUUGCGAGCCGGUCAUGUGCACAACCCCAGAGAUCCCGAAUGGAAGGGAAGUGGAUGGAUAUGGUGCUAGGUAUACAGCUGGGCACAGCGUGAGUUUUGAAUGCAAUGCUGACUAUAUCCUGAACGGCAGCCACGAGAUCCAGUGCCAGCAGGAUGGCAACUGGGAUCCUCCUAUCCCAGUCUGCAUUCCGGUGCUGCUGUGUCCGCCACCUCCAGCCGUUGCCAAUGGGAUGCACAAUGCCCAGGCCCAGGAAACCUUCCCCAGUGGGAUGUCUGUAAACUACAGCUGUGAUCCUGGCUAUUCCCUUCAUGGAGAGGCCUCCAUCCAUUGCACAGAGUCUGGAAAUUGGAGCUUUCCGUAUCCUCUGUGUGCAGAAGCGGUCAUCUGCACAACCCCAGAGAUCCCAAAUGGAAGGAACCUGGAUGGACGUCGCCCUGUGUAUAGACCCGGAGACAGAGUGAGGGUUGAAUGUAAUGACAUGUUGGCGCUGAAUGGCAUUCAGGAGAUCCGGUGCAUGGAGAAUGGCACCUGGGAUCCUCCCAUCCCUGACUGCAGUCUUGAUCAGCCCAGAGACUCUUUUCCCCCAAUGAAGUUCAUAUUGAAACAUCAGUGUCCGUCUCCUCCAACAAUCACCAACGGGAAGCACAGCGGCCAGGACCUCGAAGUGUUCACCCCCGGGGUAUCUGUAAAUUACAGCUGUGAGCCUGGCUUCUCUCUCGCUGGAGAGACCUCUAUUCACUGCACAGCAUCCGGAACCUGGAACCAACCUUUUCCUUCCUGCAAAGGUUGUGCUGCACCUCCAGCCAUUGCCAAUGGGAACCGCAGUAUCCAGGACUCGAAAGAAUUUGCUUACGGUUCCUCAGUGACUCAUAGUUGUGACAUGGGAUUCUUGCUCAUUGGAGAAGCAACAUCUCAGUGCACAUCUUCCGGGACUUGGGUCCCCCCUAUCCCAUACUGUAAAGAGAUGAGAUGUGUAGUCCCAGAUGUCCCAGGUAUUGGGAAGGCAAUGAUGGGAAUGACAUAUCCUAUAGGGACUAAUCUUACUAUACAAUGUGAUGAUGAUUACAUGUUGGAGGGCAGCAGUUUAAUUCAGUGCCAAGAUGACUUGUCCUGGGAUCCUCCUAUGCCAGUCUGCAGCUCAGCUUUUCCUUCUCUUGGCUCCUAUAGUGCAAUCUCAGCGGUCACAGGAGUCUCAGUUACAAUGCUGCUGGUUCUACUGGUUAUGGGCAUUGUUUGGAGAGUUGCUUCUAAGAAAAAAGAAGGGUACUAUCAUACCUAUGAAAACUAUGACCACCCAAUCCCCAUGACUGUCAUAACUGAUCAGAAGUCUUCAUUUGCACCAUAGCAGAUCAUCUUGCUUUUGCAGAACAGAAAGCAAAUGCUCGUGAUUUCUCUGCCUCGAAUUGGAAUCAAAAGAACAACUCCUGAGCUUCCUGCUGAAGCAGUUUCACAGCCAACCUGGCAAGACUUCCUGAGAGCCUGGGAGGUGAAAGGAGCCUUUUCUUUGGCAGUGACUUGUUGCUGCCUUACCCCUGGGCACACUAACCCCAGCGCCUCAGUCUCUUCAGCUUUACUCACUUUUCUGACACAGGGUGCUACAAUAUGGCCCUUCACUGAGCUACAACCAUUUCUUUUACAUCAAUUUCAAGGGUUUUUAAGACCAUUUAAAAUUCUUUUACAAUGCAAAAUGAAUGCCCACAGAUGAUGCCUCUCUCACUUGAGAGCUUGCUGCAUUUCUGUGCACAGAGGUUUACAACCUGAACUCGAAUAUGAACUACAGUUAAAAGACCCUGCACAUCGAGAACUAGGUGCUGCCACAUAACUAUAGCAAAUGGUCUGAUCUUGCAAUACUGGAUAACAUCCCAUAUAUUAUAUGCUUGUUGAAAGCAUUUUUGAAGGCUGCAUCUGCAAACCAUUGCAGCUUGUUUUGCUCUUCCUUGAGAGAUUAUGAUUGAUCACAUUUUCCUUUAGCUAAUACUGUGGGCUCCCCUUGGAAAAUGUUUUUGAGAUCUACUGAUGAAGGUGCUUCUCUGGAAGAAAACAGUCUUUACUUUAGAUUAUGACUUUCUAAAUUGUGUAAAUUAAGUGAUGCCGUUCUGGAAUAACUGACAACUCUGCUUCCAGAGUAACUGAUCUGGGAUAAAGACUUGUAUCCUAGAAGGGCAUCCACAUAAGGGAAUUGUACUGGUACAUCGCUAGCAGGAUUCUGAUUCUGCUGAAGCUAGGCUUUCCCAGGGACAUUAUUUUUUUGAAUCAUAAAACAGAAACCCCAAACCAGGCAGACCAUAACCAGAAAGUCUGUAGAUUUAAAUCUAAGAGUAUGGACACCCAAAACACACUAGCUUGGUUUAAAUGCAGUUUAAACCUGGAGCGGACUUAUGUACAAACCUGUUAAACUGGUUUAAAACUGCCUGGAAAAGUUCAGAAAUGCACCUGGAAAGUGAAAUUCUCUUUGGAAAUGAUUCAUUGCGAACCAAGUCAGUGUUGCCUACAGUCACAGAAAAUGAGGGUUGGAAGGGUCCUCAGGAGGUCACAUCUAGUCCAGCCCCCUGCUCAAAGCAGGACCAGCCCCAGCUACAUCAUCCCAGCAAGGCUUUGUCUAGCUGGCUCUUAAACACCUCCAAGGAUGGAGAGUCCAUCGCCUCUCUGGGUACCUUGUUCCAGUGCUUCAUUAUCCUGCCAGUGAGAAACUUUCCUAAUAUCUAAUUUAAAAGUCCCUUGCAACUUGAGACCAUUGCUCCUGUUCUGCCAAAAAAAGGAGUGGAUAUACAGGGUGUUUCGUGACACAGGUCAGCCAGGUUGGGUGUUAAGUGGCUAGAACUCUACAGCUCCCCCCUUCUUUUUUUCCCUUUUGGUUUGCACUUUAUCCACGAGCUCCCUUGCACUGCUUGUUUAAUAAAAAUGAUCUUUUUGA